CCUAAACAUUAAUGAGGGUGCCUUUCUGCUUAUAACAUUUCCUACUCAACUUCAUUAUUCCCUUACCCUGCAUAAGGGAGUUUUUCUCUGAAACCAGGAAUAUGCAGAUUUUGGCAGGUUUAGAUUUCUCCUGGCUGUUGCUGUCUUGGUUAUUAGCUCUUGCAGUUCUAGUUCAUGGGCAGCUACAAUCAGGCUUCAUUAGCAUUGAUUGUGGGUCGCCCAAAGAUCAUAGCUUCACAGAUGAUGUUACUGGCAUAAGUUACUCUUCGGAUGACCAGUUCAUCAGCACUGGAGUUAAUGUGAACAUUGAUAACAGUUUCAUGUAUGACGGGAUUCCACAGCCACUCUCAGAUGUUAGAAGCUUUCCCCAGGGAAGCAGGAACUGUUACAAUUUAACACUUUCAGGGACAAUAGGUAGAAAGUUUCUGAUCAGAGCCUUAUUCUUGUAUGGGAACUAUGAUAGAAAAAAUCAGGUGCCUCAAUUUGACCUCUAUCUGGGAGUCAAUCUUUGGUACUCGGUGAAGUUCAGCAAUGCAUCUCAUUUCGUGUCCACAGAGAUUAUCAACCUUGCUGAAUCUAGUUCUAUAUAUGUUUGUCUAAUAAACAUUGGCCUUGGAACGCCUUUCAUAUCAGGAUUAGAGCUAAGGCCACUGAAUGCUUCAGUUUAUAAUACAGACAGUGGGUCUCUGCUGCUCUUUGAACGGCUUGACGUUGGAGUAAUGACAGGAAACCAAAGUAUCAGGGACAGAGACGAUGUUUAUGAUCGCAUAUGGUCACCCUACACCUCGCCUAAUUGGAUCUCUUUGAACACUUCGUCAGUUGUGGAUGGAAGCGGAGAUGGCUAUAGAGCACCGCCCAUGGUUAUGAAGACUGCAGUUAGGCCUGCAAAUGGUAAUGGUUCCUUGGAGUUGUACUGGAACCCGACCGACUCUACUCUGCAAUAUUACAUCUUCAUGUACUUCGCUGAACUGGAGAAGCUUCAGAGCAACCAAUCAAGAAAACUCAGUAUUUCCAUCAAUGGGUCCCCCUUGCUUGGAUCUUUUGUUCCUCGUUACUUAUACACGACUACCAUCUCCAACUCCAGUUCCUUGUCCAGAAAUGAACUUCGGGUUUCUAUUUUCAAGACAACAGAUUCAACCCUUCCACCCAUCCUGAAUGCAAUUGAGGUUUAUGUGGUCAAACAAUUUCCAGAAUCACCAACAUACAGAGGAGAUGUUGAUGCUAUCAUGAGCAUCAGAUGGACAUACCGAGUAGACAAAAACUGGGUUGGAGAUCCAUGCGGGCCAAGGAAUUACUCUUGGGAAGGUUUAAAUUGCAGCUACAGUGGUUCAGAUUCCCCUCGGAUCAUUGCCCUAAACCUGUCCUCGAGUGGUUUGACUGGAGAAAUAAUUGCUUCAAUAGCCAGUCUUACAUCAAUCCAGUCCUUGGAUUUAUCCAACAAUAGCUUAUCUGGACAAGUGCCUGAUUUUCUGUCACAGCUGACAUCCCUGAGGUUCCUGAAUUUAAAAGGCAACCAACUCACAGGAUAUGUGCCUGAUAUUCUUAUAGAAAGAUCUAAUGAUGGGUCACUCACAUUGAGUGUGGAUAGCCAUAAUAUUUGUGCCUCGGGUUCUUGCAAAAAGGGCAAAAAUAUUGUCAUCCCGUUAGUCGCAUCAGUAACAUCAGCACUGGUCUUAUUAAUCAUUCUGAUUAUCCUAUGGAGACUGAAGAGUACAAGACAGCCAGCCAUAGAGUCAGGUGUCCUCUCUAAUAGGGAAGGAAGCUUCUUGGCAUCUAAGAGUCAACAAUUCACAUAUGCUGAGAUUGUGAACAUUACCAACAAUUUCCAAAAGGCUAUAGGAAAAGGAGGAUUUGGAACUGUUUACCAUGGCUACUUGAAAGAUGGCUCUCAGGUUGCUGUCAAGAUGCUUUCUCAAUCAUCAUCUCAGGGGUCCAAGGAAUUUCGUACAGAGGCUGAACUUUUGAUGAGAGUUCAUCAUAGGAAUCUGGCCUCUUUUAUUGGGUAUUGUGAUGAAGGUGGCAACAUGGCACUCAUUUAUGAGUAUAUGGCUAAAGGCAACCUAAAGGAGUAUCUAUCAGAUACAAACGCAAAUGUUUUAAGCUGGGAGAGGAGACUUCAGAUAGCAAUAGAUGCAGCACAGGGACUGGAGUAUCUACAUAGUGGUUGCAAACCACCUAUCAUUCACAGAGAUGUGAAGACAGCUAAUAUUCUGUUAAGUGAAGCAUUGGAGGCUAAAAUAGCGGAUUUUGGACUGUCCAAGGUUUUCCCCAAUGAUGGUUUCAGUCAUGUGUUGACUCAAGUAAUGGGUACACCAGGGUAUCUCGAUCCAGAGUACUAUGUUUCGAGUAAGUUGAAUGAGAAAAGUGAUGUUUUUAGCUUCGGGAUUGUUCUAUUAGAGCUUAUCACAGGACAACCACCCAUAAUUAAAAGCUCCGAGUCUGUUCACAUAAUUCAAUGGGUUGGUAAUAUGCUUGAGAGAGGGGAAAUAAGAAAUAUUGUUGACCCAAGGUUGCAGGGAGAUUUUGACAUUAAUUCCAUCUGGAAGGCUACAGAGAUUGCAAUUGCAUGCACACCAUCUACAUCCAUCAGAAGACCUACAAUGAAUUAUGUUUUGACAGAAUUAAAAGAUUGUUUAGCAAUAGAGGCAGCUCGUGACAGAUCAUCCGUCUUAAAAGAGGAUCAUGGAAUAACAUUGGUUAAUUCAACUGAAAUGUUUCUUGUGGAUCAUGGAAGCAUAACAGGCCCCGUACCAAGGUAGCAAGGCUUCCUUAAUAGUGGUUUUGCAAGUAACCUGAAACUUCUUGGUGAAAGUUAAAAGAAACAACAUCUUCAUUUCUGUUAGAAAGGUGUGCAGAACAUCCUUCCAGAAGGUUAUCAAACAGUUUUAUGUAUUACACGAUUCUGAUCUUUCGUCUUGAUAGAUAGGUUUUCUGUUAGAUGACGAUUGAAUUGUUUUUACGUAGAAUUGUUUUAUCAAUUUAUCCGCUUUUUCAUUAAGCGCAUUGCCCCUAAAACAUGGCAUACUGCAGCACAUCUGUGAGUUUUAGUUACAGAUGACAUACAGGGUUUUAUUUUUUUAUUGUA